CAAGGCCUUGAUUAAUGGUUGUCAGUUGAGCGCUAGAUUCUUCUUCGUAGUUAUGAUCGCAACAUUGGUCUCUAGAACGAAAGUUGCGUUGUAGCAUAGAAUAGAAUAUAUUCGCUUUGAGUUUGUUUACAGGCAAACGAAGUUGGGAUUCCAAGGAGACUGUCCAACUCCUUCAGCUCUUCACGCGCCUCCCUCUGUGUCCUGACUGUGUGAAUCGAGAUGCAGAUGUUGGGGUGGACAAGUGAAGGCAACUGUUUUCAGGACAGGACUGCCAUUUCUUUGUGAGUCGGUUGAACCGGUGCUACUUCAGAGAAGACAUGGAUGAUUGGGAAUCUGAUGAUUUUGAUCCUGCACUACCAGUUCAUGCAACUGGAAAGCAAAAGGGGUUGUGGGAUGAUGAAGACAUUGAAGAUGUAAAGGUGUCCUGGGAAGAUGGAGAUGUGCCUCCUCUUGGAAAGGCACCUGUACCAGAACCUCCAAUUCAUAAGGCACUAACAAACGCAGGUGGAAAAAUUGCUAGUCACAAGAAACAAACAUUUAUGGGAGCUGUAGAAGAAAGACAUAUGGAUCCUCUAGAAGAAAAACUCAGGCAGCAAAGGCUUGUUGAAGAAGCAGACUAUAAGUCCACAAUGGAGUUAUUUGACCAAACAAGUGAUAAAAGAACCUUGGACAAUGUUACACCGAAAUCAUUAAGCGAGUUCUUGGAAUAUGCUGAACUUGUCUCAAAUAAGCUCCUGCCUUAUGAGAAAAAUUUUCACUAUAUAAACCUACUUAAGGCAAUCAUGAGACUUUCCAUGGCACCCAUGAAAGCAGCAGAUGCAAAGGAGGUUCUGUCUUCUAUGACAGCCAUUGUCAAUGAGAAACUCAAAGUAGAGAAAGAAGCCGCUAGCAAGAAGAAUCCAACCAAAAAGAAACAACUCAAUAUGGAUGCAGCAGAUGACGAUGCUGUCGUUGCAUAUGAAGAACUUGAUGAUUAUGAGUAUAUGUAGUAAUUACAUGCAAGAUUUGUUAAACCAGACAGACGCACAAACUUAGACGCAUAGAAAAAGAUCGAACUAAUGAGUAAUGGGAAUGCAGCUUGCAGCUGUUUACUAA